AUGGAGAACCCUCACGCCGAAAGGCAAGCUGUCUUACUGGAGCGGAUUGUGAAAAACGCGUCGGUUUGCACUGAGAUGAUGAUGGAGAUGAACAGCUGCGUCGAGGAAAUUCUUCGCGCGAAUGCGUCAGUAAAGAUCGCGGCUGAAUUGAGCACCAAGUAUCGCAAGAACGUACAGUACAACUUGGAGGCCACGAAGCAGAGUGGUGCAAGAGGCUGA